AUGGGUGGUGCUGCUAUCUCCCUCCGGGGGCUUCUCGCCCUGUCCGGCUUCGCCCUCUCUGCGCUCGCCGGUACCAUCCGGACCCGCCAGGCCAACGGCCUGUGCGAGACGGAAAAGUAUGAGAACAAGACCCGUGUCUUCGUCAUGACAGACAUCUCCAACGAGCCGGACGACCAGAUGAGUCUCGUCCGCUUCCUAACAUACGCAAACGAGCUCGAUAUCGUCAACAUCGCCGCCGUCACGUCGACAUGGAAGAACGACUCGAUCGACACGCCAUCCAUCUUCGGUGUCAUCAACGGCUACUCCCAGGUCGUCGACAACCUCAACAGUAACGUCCCAGCGGCGGGUGUGUAUCCUCCAGCAGAUGAGGUCGCCGCUAAGCUCGUCACGGGACACCCAGUGUACGGCCUGGCUGCAUUGGACGAGCCAACUCCUAGCAAUGCUUCGACUGCUCUGAUCGCUGGCGUGGAUGCCAGCGAAGAGCCGCUCUGGGUGCUUGCCUGGGGUGGAGCCAACGUGCUGGCUGAGGCGCUGAACCAGGUCAAGAACGAGAGAAGCGAGGAAGAGGUCGCAGCCUUCGUGCGGAAGCUGCGGGUACAUUCCAUCUCGGACCAGGACGACGCGGGUGCUUGGAUCCGUACCAACUUCCCCACGUUGUUCUACAUCGUGUCUAUUCACGGCUUUAGCGAGUACGCCAUUGCUACCUGGAAUGGAAUCUCGGGCGAACUCUUCCGGCACUUCGACAAGGGCGGCCCAGACUCGUCGUUGGUGAGCAACGAGUGGCUCCAGGAGCACAUCCGCAUCGGGCCACUGGGCGCGCACUACCUGAACUGGUCCUACAUCAUGGAGGGCGACACGCCGUCCUUCCUCGGCCUCAUCCCCAACGGACUUAACACGCCCGAGCACCCUGAGUGGGGUGGCUGGGGCGGCCGCUACAUCCUGAUGGUGUCGUCGGACGCCGAGGGUACCUUCAGCGACGCGGCCGACUGGGCCAUCGGCGUCAACAACGAGACCUACUUCAGCCAGUUCGCCAGCAUCUGGCGCUGGAGGGAGGCCUACCAGUACGACUUUGCCGCGCGUAUGCAGUGGACCGUCAACGCGGGCAACGCGUCUGCGGCCCCGAACCACCAGCCCGUUGCAGUUGUCAACGGCUCGUGUGGUACGCUUCAGAUUCCGUACACGUUCGGCGAGUCUGUCGUCCUGGAUGCUUCCGAGUCGUGGGACCCUGACUCGGAUGAGCUGUCGUUCGACUGGUUCCACUACAGGGAGCCUUCGUUCCGCUUGGAGGGCGAUAUUCCUCGCAUCUCACCAAAUGUGACGUUUACUCCUCUCAAUGCGGCUGGGUCUGUGGUGAAUGUUACGUCUAAUGAUAAUGAGACGAUGCACAUUAUUAUCACUGUGCAUGAUGACCAGCCUAUGAGCCUGUCUUCGUACAAGCGGGUCAUUCUCUUUCCCCAGUCUUAA